AUGACGGACGAUACUAUUACAUUUGUUGUUGUAACUGAUUGCACUGAUGGUUUACUUGGAGAAUGUGUCGCCUCCGAAGCAGCUACUGUGAUCAAAGUCAAUCCUAUUGGUAAUAUUCAAACAGAUGUAUUUCUUUCACAAUUGGCAGGGUUGAAUCGAGGAGGAUAUGGGCUCGAAGAUGCACAAACUCAAUGUCUUAUAAUCUACUUUAAACUUGUUCUAUUACUAGAACUCGAUUACGAUCCUGAAUUUUGCAAUGUUCAUAAUCCAGAGAAUAUCUGGCAAAUGUUGCAAUCAGUCAAAUUGGCAUCCAUCAGCAGUCUUCGCAAUAUUAUUUCACAUCAAGGUAUCGGUGAUUUUGCUGGCGAAGAAACAAAAGGACAAGGUAUUAUUAUUAACUGGCAGUCUUCUAUUGAACUAUUUGCUUAUAAUGCUGGAAGUUCAAAUGAUCCCGGGAAGGAUUCAAAUGAUGAUGAAUUAAAUACUUUUAUCCCGCUUUCCGAUAAUGCUGCCUAG